CCUGUGGCGCGCAUGAUUCAUACCACGAAAAAUGAUCAAAAUUUCCGUUCUACGCGGGCAAGAAUGAUAAAUGCUCAUUUUGGGGAACUUAUUAGCAUAAAUCAUCGGAAAAUACGACAAACCAGUCACCCACAUCUGUGCUUUAAAAGUCAAACGCAAAGUGCGAAAGCCUCCGAUAUGCGAAAGUGAUCACACGCUCGUAAAAUGCCAGCCCGCCACUUGAGCAUCGCGUUUAGUAAGUCGUUGGUGGAACAACAACUGGCAGAACAAGUUGUUCGGCAGGCAGGUGAUUCGUUAGGCAAAUUGAUGUCUCGCACCUUAGCAGCUUGUUAAUUGUGACGACAGUCGGGCUAAUUUAAUUACCCAUUUCAAGGAUUUGAUGGGUUAUAUUAUUAUUACCUCAUAUUAAUAAAAUGAGGAAGAUUUUUUAUGGAAUGGACGAGAAAGGAUGUUGCAAUAUUAGAUAAGCAUGACAUUCUCCAAAUGAGCAAAUGAUCGAUUAUCGUCGAAAAACCUUGACAUUUAAUGAUAUUUUGCAACGAAUUUAUGAUUCAUUGUUCUUUCAUUCUGAUAAGAUCUUCGUAUUUCUUCAUUUUUGGCUCUUUUAGUUUAGUAAACAAUCUCAGGAUAACUUUUUUGUCAAUGACUCAACCAACUAUCCCUUUCGCUGAUUAGUAGUCACUUUAAACAAAAGCAGGCCAAACCAUUAAAAGGCAGAUGUUAGAUUUAAAUUGAAUCAAUCGCAGCAACUCGUGUCAUAAAUCAGUAUCUCAUUUUCCCGCGGUCGUCGCCGCCGGUAAGCAGCUCCAUAAUCACUCAAUUAACCUAUCGAUAGGCUUAGAUAGCGUGUAUCACGGAGAAGCCACAGGUCACUAUAGACGCAUUUUAUGCAUAAACAGCAUGAAACGCAGAGGGUUUUUUCCGAUAAAAAUCACCCCAAACCAGGGGCGGGUACGAGAUACUGUUAUUAAAGACUGUAUUGCGCCGUUAGUGGAUUAGUUAAGCAUGUUACACACACUAAUCUUGGGAAAAAACAAUUGCGCGCUGCGUCGAACAUCUUCUUUACUGCGAUCGACAACUCGCUCAAACAAUUAAUUAACGAUCGAUAUAACAAAGUAGCCGCGACGCGUGUGUUCCCACCAUUAACGACUUAAUCGAGUACAAACAGCUCCACAUUCAUACACGCUGAACCAAGGUCGAUCUUUUUCCACGAAUUACCGCACCCGUCCAAACCCCGAUCGCGAUGCAAAAGGCAGUUGUAAAAUAUCGGAAUUCUGGUCACGAACGGUACCAACGGACCAACACUAUAUCGCGGGCGAUGCUGCGAGAGAGUAAAAGAUCGUCAAAGAAAAACAAACACUCGACCCGCGAUUCUCCGCCGAUUGGCUUUGUUUGUUUUGCUCAAAAUCACCUGUCUGGCAGUGGUAUCGGUUUCAGCCUCGAGCCACGCAGACUAUCUGAUCGCGUAAAGCCGAGCCAUGCCAUGAUUUAUGAAUAGCAGCACCAUUAAUCCAGCUUAACUCCCCCUGCCGGGACAGGUUUUAACACCUCUCCGUAGCGUGCUGUGUUCUCUCCGGCAGAUCAACCCGUCGUAGAAAGUACUGCUCACGCGAGAGAAUUGCGAAGGAGUUUUAGUCAACGGAGAACAACGAAGGGUUACGGACGUGCCUGGCGAUCGUGAUCCUCGUGGUAGCACACGAUCGUUGAACAUUCGUGAUACUGUGGAUCGCUGCAUCCACACCCUAGCCCAGGUGGCUUCUGCAGCAGGUCGAAAUGAAAUUUGUGAUUACGGUGUUGAUCCUCGUGUUGUCCUGCGAUCAACAGCGCGGAGUUGGCGCAAAGUUGUACAAGAGCUGCGAGUUGGCGCGAGAGUUGGCCCUCAAGCAGGUGCCGGAAGAACAGAUCGGUGACUGGCUGUGCAUCGCUGAGCACGGGGCCAGAUUCAACAGUUCGGCUGUCAAUCUCAAGUACAAACGUUUCGGUGGCUCAGCGUACUAUGGGAUCUUUCAAAUCAGUGAUCUUUACGGCUGCCUAAAGAGUAGUUCCAUAUGCGGACUGACCUGUGCUGACCUGCAGGACGACGAGGUAGAAGACGAUAUUGACUGCGCGCGGCAGAUUCACAGAGAGUACAAUCGAGAGAUCGGAGACGGUUUCGCAGCAUGGCCAGUGUACAAGACUCAUUGUCAGCAUCUCGCGAUCAAGGCUGAUUUUAGUGACUGUUUAAACGAAGAGGUCAUUCGCUUCCAGCGGUAUUACAAGAAGAAGAAGGCUAAGGCUAAGAAAGCCGAACUUGAGCCGAGUGUUCCCGUGGGUAAAGUGUACGAACGUUGUGAGCUGGCUGUUGAGCUUCGGGACAAGUUUAAGCUGCCACAGGAUCAGAUUGCAACGUGGGUUUGCAUCGCGUAUCACGAGAGUCGUUUCAACACCUCUGCAGAGGGUCGACUGAACGCGGAUGGUAGUGGCGAUCAUGGGCUGUUCCAGAUCAGUGACAUCUAUUGGUGCUCGUAUUCGAGCCAACCAGGCAAAGCAUGUGGUGUAACGUGCGAGGACAUGAAAAACAGUGACAUCAGCGAUGAUAUCCGUUGCAUUCAGAUCAUCUUCGACGAACAUCGUAGGAUUUCCGGAAAUGGGUUCAACGCGUGGUCGGUGUACAAGCCGUACUGUCAAGGCAGAGAAGAAAGCUUUAUUCACAACUGCUUCGACGAAACAGUACCAUCAACUUCGAUCCGUCCUCGGCCUGGCAUAACUGCACCGACUCAACCUGGGAAAAAGUCUGCUCUCACGGUGGCACCACCAAUUGGUAAAGUGUACGAUCGUUGCGAGUUGGCCAACGAUCUGCUGCACAAGUUCAACUUCCCAAGGGAGCAAGUGGCCACGUGGGUUUGCAUUGCGUAUCACGAAAGCAGCUUCAACACGUCGGCUGAAGGACGUUUGAACGCCGAUGGUAGUGGUGAUCAUGGCCUGUUUCAAAUCAGCGAUAUCUACUGGUGUUCACCGCCUGGAAAUGGUUGGGCUUGCGGAGUGAGCUGUGCGGAUCUGAAGGAUAGUGACAUUACGGAUGAUGUUAAGUGUGUACGUACGAUUUUUGAGGAACAUCAGCGGCUUUCCGGAGACGGAUUUAACGCAUGGUCAGUGUACAAACCGUACUGCCAGGGCAUGUCGGAAAGCUUUACCCGAGGGUGCUUCGGAUCGGAUGAUGAUCAACCGGUCACCGCUGGACUACCAAAACCUGCCAUAACAGCGCCGACGCGCAUUCCUCCAAGAAAGACCGCGUCGUCUAGAGGAAAGGUCUACAACCGUUGCGAGCUGGCUAGGGAACUUUACUUCCAGCAUCACUACUCAUACGAGGAUGCCGCCAUGUGGACUUGUAUAGCCCAAUAUCAGUCGAACUACAACACUGCCGCCGUCGGAACCGGUGCCGGAGAUGUUCGGUACCACGGAAUGUUCCAGCUUAGUGAUGAGUACUGGUGUUCACCACCCGGCAAGGGUUGGGUCUGUGGAUUGCCCUGUUCCGAUCUAGAGGAUGACGACAUCACAGACGAUCUUGCCUGCAUGCGACACAUUUACGAAGAGCAUCAACGAAUCUCCGGAGAUGGGUUUAACGCGUGGGCGGUUUAUCAACCGUACUGCAAGGGAAAGGCUUUGGAAAUGGUGAAGGGAUGCUUAGAGGAGGGUGAAAAUGCCGUUGUCCCUACGACCACAACAAGGAGACCUCCUACGAAAAAGAAGAACGUUGGAGUUGGUAAAAUCUACAGCCGAUGCGAGUUGGCUCAGGAGUUGUACUACAAGCACAAUCUGCCAUUUGAACAGAUAGCGACUUGGGUGUGUAUCGCGCAUAGAGAGUCAAACUAUAACGUGUCAGCAAUUGGACGUCUGAAUGCGGACGGAAGCGAAGAUCAUGGUCUGUUCCAAAUCAGCGAUAUCUACUGGUGUUCACCACCUGGCAAGGGGUGGGUCUGUGGACUGUCGUGUUCAGAUCUCGAGGAUAACGACCUGACGGAUGAUGUGGAAUGUAUGAAAACGAUAUACGAAGAGCACACUCGGCUGUCCGGCGAUGGAUUCACGGCUUGGGCAGUGUAUCGUCCUUAUUGUCAGGGAAGAUCAGAUCAUUACAUCAAUGGAUGUUUCGAUGCCGAUCCCACAACAACCACAGUUCUACCAAGUACAACAAAGCGAUUCUCGAGUACAUCUCCGAGAACAACUCGUUGGAGUCCCAUAACGAGCAAAACAACACUGCUACCAACAACAUCACCGACAACACAACGUCCAACCAUAUCGACAACCACUGCCCGUUCCGCCAUCAAAUCAACCACGAGUUUGUUCGACUUUUACCUGAACCAGUUUGGCCGUCCAAACACGACACCGGCGACCUUCAGACCGUUCAGAACGACUUCUAUUUCCCCUGUUCGCACCCCGUGGUCGUCUUCGUCAACGGUGGCACGUGACUUUACGCCGGGGACACUUUCCACGGCCAGCAGAACGACAACGUUGCCACCCACCACCAAGUAUUCAAACUUUGAUCAACUGUUCGCUAACCUUAAGCAUGGCUAAUGGUCGCCGUUUUGCCCGAAUCAAUAAACGCUGCUUUUUUCGUA